UGGCUUCCGAGGAGAGGGCGAGAACUGAAGCGAGGGCGCGCGCUCGAGAGGAGGGGUUGCCUAGGCGACGCCGGGGGCGCGCUCGGGGGGUGGGGAAGCGAGCCGGGAGGCUCAAUGACAAAUCGGCGGAGGACUGCUGGGGUCCGGCCCCGGGAGGGGGCGGGGCGCGUUUAAGAGCGGCGGGCCGGGUGCGGACGGCGGAGGCGACGGGACGGGUCCCUGCUCUUCACUGGGUCAUCUGUCUGUCACAGCCUCAGAAGACCAGCAGGAUGGCUGCCAACAAAAGUAAGGGCCAGAGCUCCUUGGCCCUCCACAAGGUGAUCAUGGUUGGCAGCGGAGGCGUUGGCAAGUCGGCCCUGACGCUUCAGUUCAUGUAUGAUGAGUUUGUAGAAGACUAUGAACCUACCAAAGCUGACAGUUAUAGAAAGAAAGUGGUUCUUGAUGGGGAAGAAGUUCAGAUAGACAUUCUGGACACCGCUGGGCAAGAGGACUACGCAGCCAUUCGAGAUAACUACUUUCGGAGUGGGGAAGGUUUUCUUCUUGUGUUCUCAAUCACAGAACAUGAAUCCUUUACAGCAACUGCCGAAUUCAGGGAACAGAUUCUCCGUGUGAAGGCUGAAGAAGAUAAAAUUCCAUUGCUCGUUGUGGGAAACAAGUCUGACUUAGAGGAGCGGAGGCAGGUGCCUGUGGAGGAGGCCAGGAGUAAAGCCGAAGAGUGGAGCGUGCAGUACGUGGAGACGUCGGCUAAGACGCGGGCCAACGUGGACAAGGUGUUCUUUGACCUAAUGAGAGAAAUCAGAGCAAAGAAGAUGUCAGAAAACAAAGACAAGAAUGGCAAGAAAAGCAGCAAGAACAAGAAAAGUUUUAAAGAAAGAUGUUGCUUACUAUGAAUGUCAAGGUGACGGAUGAAGCCAGGUGCCCCUAAAGACACAGGGCUGGGUUGGUAAAGAGAAGGCUGUGGUUGACGUCUUGCCUGUGCUUCCCGCUCUCCCCAGCUUCAUUCACUCAGACUUCUUGAAAUGGGGAAAAAUACUUGUGACUCAGUGGCUGGCAGAAGAAGUAAGCCCAUGCGGUGGAACUGCUGCGUUGUCAGGGGGUUGUGAUUUUCUUCCUGCCUCCCUUCUUCCUUCCCAAAAGCUUCACUGUGUGUAAAGUGCCACAGGUAGGAAACAGGUGUUCCUUACAAAGAGAACUUUUCAACUGCAGGUGUUGUAGUAGGUGUUGGAGGAAGGAGUGGAGUAAGAUGCCCUCCCACUUCGAUCUGUUUAGUAGUAGUAGUGAGAAAAAUCCAUUCAGCCCCAAGGACAUGGAAAAAUCCAUCGGGUUUUUGGAUAAGUUUCUUGGCAGUACCCUGUGGACCUGAAACAGAGCUAAAAAAAUGAAUUUGAAUUGCACCAAAUAGAUCACUACUAAGCUUCUGACCCCUCCUCACAUAUGAAAAGUGAAAGCUGUGAGUUGUUUUCCUCUUAUUUAAAUACUGGCCAAUUAUAGUCUGUGUUGGUUAUUUUUCUCCUGUAAACAUCCUGAUUUUUAUGUAGGAACUUUUUUUUGGCAGGCCAAGUGAAGACGAGAGAAUGGUGUACAUUAUAAAUGGUACACAUGUCCACUCAUGGAGAUAUUUUUAAGUUCUUUUUCUAAGUCCUCUCCUAACUGGCAUCCUGUGGUUAGGCCCCUCCCGCUCCACUAAUGGUGAGUGCACGUGCCUUUCUGAUCAGCGUCACUGCACGCGGAAGGUCUAGUGAGCCUCUUAAAUGUCACACACACUCUUCCCAAAGAUGUGACGAAUUAAAGUGGUGUUCUAAAAUCAUGAAGCCAGAGCCCAUGCCAGACUUUCUGCUACCUCUCAUAGAAUUGCUCUGUAAUUCUAAAUUUAAAGUUAGAAGUAGAGACAGAUAAGCUAUUGCCCCUUUGCCUCUGAGAAUUGAUUGCUGUUUGUAAUGUAAUUAUUUUCUAAGAUGGCCAGAUAGUUAGAGAAAGAUUUUCAUUGAUGGGAUAUUGUUCAUCUUUUGUAUCAGGAUUCUAAAUUUAGCAAGCAGAAAGAUAUUCAUCAGGAAAGGAGCACUGUGGUAAAAGCCCAGUAUUCACAUUUUUUCCCAUUUUUGAGAAGUGACAUUUCAUAUAUAGGUGCCAAAAGUGAAUUGGGAUGUGGAGAGCGGGAACUUUUUGAAUUUAUGAUUAUCACAGGGAUUGCAGAAAUUAUGAUCUAACUGGAAAACAAUCCUGUAUCACCUCCCAAAGAAUUGUGGGCUUUUUUUGAAUAAAAAACAAAGCAGACAAAUAGA